AUGUCCCCCUCUACCCCCACGCCCUGCACGAACGGCACCGGGGCCGGAAUGCUGAGGGAACCAAAGCCCCCCCGCCGCAUUGUCCUCUGCUUCGACGGGACGGGCAACAAGUUCAGCGGUGACAGCAGCGACACCAACAUCGUCGAUCUGUACCAGAUGUUUGACCGCUCCGAGAAGAGCCAGUAUCACUACUACCAGCCGGGCAUCGGAACCUAUUCCGCCGGCGAGGGCUCGCUCAACGUGAGGCUUUUCGGGAGCAUCAAGAGAUGGGUUAGCCAGAAGGUCGACCAGGGCGUUGGAACGACGUUCGAUCACCACGUCAUCGCCGGCUACAAGUUCGUGAUGCAGUACUACAAGCCGGGAGCCAAAAUCUACAUCUUCGGCUUCUCGCGGGGCGCUUUCACCGCACGCUUCCUGGCGCGGAUGAUCACCGCGAUCGGCCUGCUGAGCAAGGGCAACCAGGAGAUGGUCUCGUUUGCGUACCGCACGUACCAGGACUACGAGACCGGCAAUAAGACCUCGCCCGAAAGCCUGGAAUACAUGAACAGUUUCAACAGAACCUUCUGUCAGCCACUGGUGGAUGUUCACUUUUUGGGGCUGUUUGAUACGGUCAAUUCCGUCGGUGUUUUCCGAGGGAAGCAGUAUCCUCCUGCGCUUACGCCAGCUAUGGGUACUCCUGGCGAACCGGUGGUGGAGGAUGACAAAUUUGGGGCGGUAAGACAUAUUCGCCACGCAGUGAGCAUCGACGAACGACGUAUCAAGUUCCGGCCCGCCUUAUUCAACCCCGACGAUAGCAAAGAUCUCAAGGAAGUCUGGUUCUCUGGCGGCCAUGGCGAUGUCGGCGGUGGCUGGCCGAACACGGCCGAAAGCAUAGCGAUGAACGACAAGAAAAAAGAAGCCCGCAGAUCCUUUAUUCCCUCGUUCGUUACGAAUCUCGUGGCCAAGAAGUCCGAGUGUCCCGAAGCCGCAAAUCUCCUGGCCAACAAAUCUGUGUGCCCCGAAGACACGAAGGAUCAUGACGUGCAGCUGAGUGAUCUCUCACUGGAAUGGAUGAUCCACGAGCUCCAGAGCCUCCCGGACGCGGAUAAGGAAAAACUCAAGUUCAAUUCCCGCGUCGGCACGUUCCUCGAGAGGAUCGAGAACAAAAGAGAUACUGCUAUCAAGGCAAAAUUGCUAUCAAUCUUCAAGAUAUCCUUCUGGAAGAACCCGAGGUACGGUACUCCUCGGGUCCUCCCGGCCACGGCGGUGAUCCACCACAGCGUGCAUCGCCGCGUGAUACACUACGAGGAGCAGGCGAAGGAAGCGGACCCGGCAGCGAACGGAAGAGGCUGGCUCUCGUACUUCCGCCUCAGGAGGAACCCCUCAAUGCCUCCCCACCCCAGCGGCCUGGGCUGUGCGCACUACAAGCCCGAUAACCGGAACUUUGCGUCGGCACAUGAGCGCGAGCAGGCGCGCGCUGAGAGAGUCGUCCAGACUAGGAGCGAAAAUUGGCAGUGUGAGCUGGCGCAGGGGUGCACGAUGAAAUUGCCGUGUAAGCUGCCGCAGGCGAAGGAUGCUCGGCCUUGA